UUCUUACAUUAACAAAUACGAAUGCAUAAAAAAAGACUAUUUAACGUUGAAGAAAAAUUGUUAGUGUUUCGUGUUGCAAAUCGGAAGUAUUUAGCUGAUAGACCAUUCUACCAGUGCUUCAUUAUCUGAAUGAAGAAAACAAAACAGUUAUCAAUAAUUUUACUUAGACAGAUAUAUCUUAUGCAUCCUAUCAGUUACAUUUAAGUAUCCAGCUGAUCAUUGACGGUGAAAGACCUUCAAAAAUAUUUCUUUGUAAAAUGUCCGGCUGUCGUAAGGAAAUUUUGGAGGCCUAGGUACAAACAGUUUGUUGGUUAGACAGUGAACUAUGUCUUCACCAGAAGUAGAAAGAUUUGAGGUUACAGAAGAUGAUUUGGCAAAUGAAUUCUACCCAAGAAUGGGAAGGAGACAGACCAAAAACCAGGCCAUAUAUGGAAUGUGGGCUGACAAUGACAGUGACGAUGAACGUCCUGGAUUUGGAAAAUCUAACAGACGUAAUAAAGACAUGACAGCCCCUAUAGGCUUUGUCAGUGGUGGCUUCAAGGAAGGGGAUAAAAUCACCAAGAAUGAAAGGGAUGCCGAUAACACAGACUCUGACAGUGGUGAGGAAGUACCUAUACCGAAACAAAGAAAACAGAAAUCUGGACCUUAUCCUGGAUUUGGCCACAAAGAUCAAACAAAAGAAUUUGGUGGAUGGGAGAAAUACACAAGAGGAAUUGGUCAGAAACUUCUGCAUAAGAUGGGUUAUGAACAAGGUAAAGGUUUAGGUAAAACACACCAGGGAAUAACAACACCAGUCGAGGCCAAGUUACGUAAAGGUCGAGCUGCAGUUGGUGCAUAUGGAACAGAGAGGACAGAAAGGUCGUUGAGAGAUUUCCCUGUCUAUGAUUCGGAAGAGGAAGAAGAAAAACAAUUUAAAACUGAGUUACAUCAAUGGAAGAAAAAAUCUGAGGGUCAGGUUACUAAGAAGAAACCUAAAUAUGUUUACAGGACUGCACAGGAAUUGAUAGAAACUGGAGGGAAAAGUAAAAAGUCUUUACCAAAUCGUUCUUCAAAGGUCAAGGUCAUAGAUAUGACUGGUAAAGAACAAAAAGUAAUGACAGGUUACCAUUCUAUAUCACAGCGACAUGACAGACCAGAAGAAGAUGAGGAUAUUACUAUGGCAGAACCUUCAAGAAAGAAAGCAUUUGCUAUGCCAGAACUGAUACACAAUCUUAACAUCCUUGUGGAUAUGGCAGAGGAAGAAAUUAUAGUGAAUGAUAGAAAACUUAGAUAUGAAAGUGAUCACAUUAUCAACAUGAAACAUGAGAAAGAAAGAGUGGAUGCUGUGUGUGAACAGGAAGAAAAACAAUUGCAGAAAUUACAGAAAGUCAUGGAAAUUGUUGAAACAUGUGAAGAGAGAACCAAACCAGGAUGUGAGAAUCCAUUAACAUUACCAGAAUGUGCAAAGAUAUUUAAAUGUCUGCAAGAUGAUUUUUAUGAAGAGUACAAGAUGUAUGACCUAGCUUCAUUAUCAGUAGCCCUUGUGUUUCCUAUGGUUAAAGAUUUCUUUAAAGACUGGGACCCCUGGAAAGAUCCUAGUCAUGGAGUAACCACCAUCAAGGAAUGGCAGUAUGUACUGGAAGAUUAUAACAAUAAAUACAACACAAGUCUACAUAAUAUGAAUAUAUUCCAAAGAUUGUUGUGGGAUAUCUGGUUGCCAUUUGUUAGAACAGCCAUAUUAAAAUGGAAUCCAAGAAAUUAUGAUCCUCCAAUUGAAUUGUUAGAGACAUGGAAACCAGUUGUACCAUCCUGGAUGAUGGAAAACAUCAUAGAUCAACUGGUUCUGCCUCGAAUUCUUCAGGAAGUGGAGAACUGGAACCCCCUUACUGAUCCUGUACCACUACAUUCAUGGCUUCAUCCAUGGUUACCUCUUAUGGGAGAUAAACUGGAGCCCUGUUAUCCUCCAAUCAGACAUAAACUUGCAAAUGCUCUUACUAAUUGGCAUCCCUCAGACAGUUCGGCUAAAGUUAUUCUUCAGCCAUGGUUAAAAGUGUUCAAACCUGGUCAUACAGAAGCUUUUCUUGUUAAACAUAUUUUACCUAAACUUGGCAUGUGUAUGCAGGAGCUUGUAAUUAAUCCUCAUCAGCAGAUGCUAGAGUCUUGGCAUUGGGUAAUGUCAUGGAGUGAUGUUAUACCUAUAAAACAUAUGAUGGCUAUGCUAGAAAGGACAUUCUUCCCUAAAUGGUUACAGGUUUUAUGUACAUGGAUGUCCAACAUGCCAAAUUAUGAGGAGAUUACUAAAUGGUAUUUAGGAUGGAAAUCAUUGUUUUCAGAGGAAUACAGAAACUACCCACCUAUUACAGAACACUUUAAAAAAGCUUUGGAGUUAAUGAACAGAGCAGUCAGCGGUCAUUUCCAGCCGGGAGUAAAAGAAAAUAUAGCCUACUUUACACAUACAGAAAGACGACAAAUGCUUGAUACUCCACCAACGAAAUCACCACUACCGCCACCACCACCGCCAUCAUUAAUCAAAACUGAUCCAGAUUUCACAGCAGCAAGAAGUGCAAGUCCUAGUUCAUCCUUUGCAUCAAAUUUCAAAGGUCUGGUGGAAAAAAUGGCUCAAGAAAACAAUAUACUAUUCAUGCCUCUUCCAGGAAAAACACAAGAAGCUAAACAAGUGUACAAGUUUGGAAAGUUUCAAGUUUAUGUGGACAGAAAUGUUUUAUUUGUUUUUGAAAAUGAACAGUGGAUACCAAUAUCAAUACAGAAAAUGGUAGACAAAGCAAUAGGAACAUAAUAUCAGACAAAGCAAUAGGAACAUACUAUCAGACAAAGCAAUAGGAACAUACUAUCAUCUAAUAAAGUCAUUUUGUUUUUUUCUAAAAAAAAAUUUAGUAGUAAAAUUUUGUGAGAAGUAUGUCUGUCUGACAUGUCAUCACAUUAUUUUUGACUUAGUUGUGAGAUGUAUGUCUGACAUGUCUGACUUGGUUGUAGAAAGUAUUUGUCUGUCUGACGAGUUAUGACAAUUUCUUGCCAGUAAAAUAGUUAUCAAAGGUAUGUCAGUAGUUGUACAAUUCUUAGUAAGCAAGUCAGAAAUGGAGGAAUUUGAAGAUGUAUGUACUUUUCUGCACAGUGUAUAUUGGAUGUAGAUAAAGGUAUAGGUUUUCAGCAGCACAAGACAAAUUCGGAACUCAUAAAUUACCUAAAUGAUGUUAUCAACCACUGGACAUGCUCCAGAGUUAAACAGUAAGUUAUAGGUCUGUCUGAAAUGUCAUUACACUAUUUGUGACUUGGUUGUGAGAAGUAUAUCUGGCUGACAUGUCAUAACAAUAUUUGUGACUUGGUUGUGAGAAGUAUAUCCGGCUGACAUGUCAUAACAAUAUUUGUGACUCGGUUGUGAGAAGUAUAUCUGGCUGACAUGUCAUAACAAUAUUUUUGACUUUGUUGUGAGAAGUAUAUCUGUUGGACAUGUCAUAACAAUAUUUUUGACUUGGUUGUAAGAAGUAUAUGUGUCUGACAUGUCAAUACAGUGUUUGUGACUUGGUUGUGAGAAGUAUAUCUGUUGGACAUGUCAUGAUAAAACUGAGAAUGGAAAUGGUGAAUGUGUCAAAGAGACGACAACCCGACCAUAGAAAAAAACAACAGCAGAAGGUCACCAACAGGUCUUCAAUGUAGCGAGAAAUUCCUGCACCCCAAGGCGUCCUUCAGCUGGCCCCUAAACAAAUAUAUACUAGUUCAGUGAUAAUGAACGCCAUACUUAUUUCCAAAUUGUACACAAGAAACUAAAAUUUAAAAUAAUACAAGACUAACAAAGGCCAGAGGCUCCUGACUUGGAACAGGCACAAAAAUGCGGUGGGUUAAACAUGUUUAUGAGAUAUCAACCCUCCCCUAUACCUCUAGCCAAUGUAGAAAAGUAAACGCAUAACAAUAUGCACAUUUAAAGUUCAGUUCAAGAGAAGUUCGAGUCUGAUGUCAGAAGAUGUUACCAAACAAAAUGACAAUAAUACAUAAAUAACAACAGACUACUAGCAGUUAUUAUACUGACAUGCCAGCUCCAGACUUCAAUUAAACUGAUUGAAAGAUAUAUGACAAUAUUUGUGACUUGGUUGUGAGAAGUAUGUCUGUCUGACAUGUCAUUACAUUAUUUGUGACUUGGUUGUGAGAAGUAUAUCUGUCUGACAUGUCAUCACAUUAUUUGUGACUUGGUUGAGAGAAUUAUGUCUGUCUGACAUGUCAUAACAAGUAUAUUUUGAUUAUAAAACAUUUAACUUUCUGACUCUUCAUCAUAUUAUUUUUGACUUGGUUGUGAAAUAUAUGUCUUACAUGUCGUGACAGUAUUUGUGACUUGGUUGUAGAAAGUAUUUGCGUCUGACAUGUCAUGACAAUAUCUUGCCAGUAAAUUUGUUAUGUACAGGUCUAACUGGCAGGUGUCAUGAUCUGACCAUGACCUCAUUUUCAUGGUUCAGUGGUUAUAUUCAAGUUUUGGUCUCUUUUUCUCUUACUGUUUACAAUAGGUCUACUAUAUUUGGUGUAUGAAAAUAUUUUUCGAUGUACAUGUUAGUCUGACAGGUUUUGGUUUUAUUUGACCUUGACCUCAUUUUCAUGGUUUAUUUUUCAUUUUUAUGAUUAUGUGUUUUGGUCUGUUUUUCUUAAUCAAUAAACAAUAGGUCAACCAUAUGGAUGGAUUGUAUGGUAUAUAUGUCUAUCUGGCAGGUAUUAUCUGACUUUGACCUCAUUUUCAUUGUGCAUUGGUCAAUGUUAAUUAACCCUUUCCUCCAUUGAUUUUUUUUUUUGCAUACUUGAUUCGCAUAGGGAUUUUUCAAUAAAAUGCUCAAAAUAUGCUUUAAAGUAUUAAUGCAUUGCUAAAAACAAAUAUUUCUUUAAAUAAAUUAAAGUCAGAUAUUCCUUUUCAUAUUGGAUACAAAUUUUAUUAAGACUACUGGCGUCAAAAGGCGUCAUUAUGGAGUAAAGGGGGUGGCGUCAAAAGGCGUCACUAUGGGGGAAAGGGUUCAGUGUUUGUUGUUAAGUUUGGUUCUUUAAUAUUACAACCAAUUGGUCAACUAUAUGCCAAUUAAUGCAUAGAUUGAUAGGAAUAUGUACAAUGUCUGUCUGGCAUGGUUCAUCUGACGUUGACCUCAUUUUCAUGGUUCAUUUGUCAAUGUUUAGUUUUCUUGUUUUAGUCUAUUUCUUUGAAACUAUAAUCAUUAGUUCAAUUAUAUUUGAUGUAUUUAAUGAUUGUAAGGUGUACAUGUUUUUAUCAAAUGGUUUAUCUUACCUUAACCUCAUUUUUUGGAUCAUGUGAAGUUUAUGUGAUACGUACUUGUAAUAAAACUUUAUAUUUUGAA